UGUCAUCAUCUGUCAUCAAGUUCAAGUCCAAGCGUGAUUUUCUCUACAGUUUUUCAUCAAUUUAUUCCCAGUUAACAAUGAAACUUAAGGCAAUUCAGCUGUUUUUAGCCGUUUCUAUAUCAAUAGUCUGCUUUGACUAUGCCAGCGCAGAGGGAAAGCUAAAAAUCGGCGUGAAAAAGCGUGUCGAAAAUUGUUCCGUGCGUACAAAGAAAGGCGAUUUGGUCCACAUGCACUAUACGGGAACGCUUGAGGAUGGAAGCGAGUUUGAUAGUAGCAUACCACGAGGGCAGCCGCUAUCUUUUACUCUAGGCAUGGGGCAGGUGAUCAAAGGCUGGGAUCAAGGACUUUUAAACAUGUGUGAAGGAGAGAAACGGAAGUUGAUAAUCCCCCCGGAACUAGGCUAUGGAGAACGCGGAGCCGGAGAAAAGAUUCCACCAAACUCGGUGUUGAUAUUCGAGGUAGAGUUAAUGAAAAUCGAACGCAAGACGGAACUCUAAUGUCAUUUUAAAAAAAAGUGAAAUGUGAUUCAAUAAAGCAUUUAUUCCGGUUGCUUUAAUUGGGACAGAUAA